UUGCAUGCAAUCGUGAAUAAUGCGGGAGUGCAGUGCCAGUGUUUCUUCGAUGACAUGCUGUCGAUUGAGGAUUACAGGGAUGCGAUGGAAGUGAACGCAUACGGUGUAAUUCGCGUCACGAAAGCGUUCAAACAAAUGAUCAAGCGCAACAAAGGUCGAAUCAUCGUUUGCACAAGCUCAUCUGUUCGCUUUCCAUCACCCGGCCUUGGCCCAUACACAUUCUCAAAAGCGGCUAUCAACGGAUAUUUGCAGGUUAUUAGGCAUGAGUUACGGCCUUUUGGCGUAACAGUAAUCACCAUUGAGCCGGGCAUAUUUCGAACACCGAUGAACGAUAUUCCAAAAAUGAUGAGGAUGAUGAACGAUAUUUGGGCAAAGACAGAUCGUGCUUUGAAGAAGGAAUAUGGCGAGUACUGGUUCAGUCGCGGUAAGCACUUUGGCUUCGAGCCCGCUAAAUAUUGGACCUCAUAA